AUGGCAUUCAGUUUGCCAUCCAUAACUAGCUCUACUCCAUUCACUACUGAAAACUCACUGAAAUACGAAGGCAGGCUUCGUAAAUCAUGGUCAAGCAAAGGUUUACCCAGAAGGGCCGGAAUACGAAGAACUUAUUCCGACGACGAUCUAUUUCGUCGUGUCAGUCGUAUUCAGGCAUCAAAGGUUGAGCCAAAGUUAAAAAGCAGUAGUAGUUCAGCUGGCUUCUUCAAUAUCCAGUUAACAAGUACAAUGAUCCCGGAUACACUAAAGUCGUUUUUAUCUGAUCUAGAGUUGAGUAAAGAGAUUAAUAUCGAGGACAUAUUGGUCGAGAGUGAACAAGAAGAUGAGAUAGACGUGGAGAAGGUCAAGAAACGAGCAAAUUGGAUCGAAAGACUCAUGGAAAUCCGGGAUAAUUGGAAAGAGAAACAACGAAGGGAAGAUGUUAAUGUUGUUGGGGAAAACAAUGAAGGUUGUGAUGAAGAUGGAGGCUGUGAAGUUGAUUAUGAUGAUGACGAUGCUCCUCCUUUCCUUUACUUAUAA